UCAUCUGAGCUAGCAGCUCUGGAAGCUCCGGAAUAUGACAAGGGAAGAAGAGAGACUAGCAGUGUUAUUUGUGCUCUGAGUGAAAAUUCGGCAUCUCAUGUUACGUUUGCUGAUGGAGGAAUUCCUACCCCCCUACCCUCCGCACAAUUUAUUCUAGAGUUUUGGGUGCAAACAGUUUCACUGUUGUUUUGAGAGGGGUGUGGUUGUUGUCUGGUUGCUAUGGAGGACCGCCCGACGACAAUAAGGGUGUAUCCGGGGGAGCUUAGGCCAGUUUACUACACUUCAGUGCUGGCCUCCAAAACUACCACCACCCUUGUCUCUCUCCUCCUUAUCCAGGUGAUACGAUUAGCUCUGGAGCGACUGCAGAUUUUCGAAGACAAGACGCUCUAUGAGCUACACGAGGGUUGCCCCGGCGACGAGGAAAACUGGACCCUCCUCAAAGAGGGGGAAACCAAAAUUACCACGCAUGCGCAGUUGCAACCUCAAACUAUAAUUAUACAAAUUAACCCUCGGCGCGCAUGCGCAGCGAGGGUUACGGUAGUUGUCCCGUAAGUGUGUCUGUCUGUCUGUCUGUCGGUUAACACGUUUUCUGCCACCGCGCGCAUGAAAUCAGG